AUGGUGGAUACAUCGACUGAUAAUCAGCCAGAGCCGGCGCCACCCACGGACUCGACAGCUUCGGACAACUUUGGCGACUUGUUAGCGCAACUUCUGCAAUCUUUACCUACUGAAGCGUCGCGGCUUUUUCUUAUGGCACUUAGCGGUCUCUCUCCAAGCGAGAGUGCUGAGCUCUGUCGUUACGUGGAUCGUCUACGUGAUGAGAAGCAGUUUCGUGUGAUAAAAGCCAUGGCCGAGUCUACCGUUGAGGGAAAGAAGAAAUUUAUAUUGAAUUUGCGCAAAAAGUUUCUUGUACAACAGGCUAAAUUGGCUGAAGUACAGGCGCAGGAGGAGCAAAUCAUGGAAUCUCAUCUUAUGCGCAAGCAGGCGCUUAAUGCUGCCAGCCGGGUAAAGAUGCUCAGUGGUGGUGCUAACAAAUUUCACUCUUUCAAUGCUGUAGUGGGUCCUGACGGCAAACAAACUACUCAUCACAAGCUGACGCCACAGAACUUGGCUGGAAUGCCAAAUGCAGAAGGUUUUGUUGUUGGCCGUAGCCUCUCUUCAUCUUCCGUCGUGAUUUCCAAAGAAGAUAUCUCACAAGUGGGGCGGCUUCUAAGCAACUCUCACAUCGGUGACUCGGAAAUGAACCUGCGCGAGCUGGAAAUUAAUAAGAAGGGGUUUAUUCCGGGUGACUACACCGUCUCGACUCUAACACAGGACGACGAUGUGUCAGCAGCUAAGCGCGAUCGUUCGCAGAGCAGUCGGACGUUAGUAGAAGGGGAGCAAAAGCCCACACAGCGCACGCGCUCUGAUACAGGGACGCCUAUUGCAUCUUAUGGUGAAAAUGCCGACAACUUUAAUGAUAAUAAUGGACUGGUGGAAGAUCCGGAGGCUCCGACGACCAAGCGCUGGACCAAAGGGCAGGAUACGGCCCUUCGGGAGAGUGUACGCAUUCAUGGUGAAAAGAACUGGAAAGCUAUUGCUGAACUAGUGCCUGGUCGUAAUCACGCCCAGUGUCUGCAGCGUUGGCGCAAGGUGCUGAAGCCAGGUCUUGUGAAGGGGCACUGGUCGUUUGAAGAGGAUCAGGUGCUGGAGUAUCUGGUGACACAGGGUUGCAACAACUGGGGCCAGAUCGCUGAGCGUAUCCCUGGACGUACACCAAAACAGUGCCGAGAACGGUGGAAAAAUCACUUGGAUCCGGCCAUUAACAAGGGACCGUACACCGAAGAAGAAGAUUCUGUGAUUCUUACUGCUCAGGCAAGACUCGGCAAUAAGUGGUCGCAAAUUGCGCAGCUGUUAAAGGGUCGGACGGAAGACUCCGUGAAGAUUCGAUGGAAAUCGCUGAAGCAGAACCCGAGCAAAGCUGCGGCUUCACAUGCCCAGCACAAGAAGAACCAGCAGCAGGCACAGGCUGCCGCCGCUCAGCAAGCGGCGAUGGGCUAUAGCAACUCAUCCUUAAUGCGUCAGCGACAGCUGCAACUUUUGCAGCAGCAGCAGCAUUUACAGGCGCACAACGCUGAAGCGGUGCAGCAGCUGGACCAGCAGCAGCAGAUUCAGCAAAUGCGUCUCCACGAGAAGCUCCUGCAGCAACAAAUGCAGCAAGGCCAGCAUGCCAGUCACGUCGCCAUGUUAACGGAGGAUCUGAAGGCGGAGCCAUAUCAACAAAAUCGAGUUAUGCUUAUGAGCCACUCACCUGGUGGCGAUCCGAAUUUGUACGCCGCUGCUGCCUACGCCCAGCAACCGUAUGCCCCACCGCAGCAAUAUGAGGGUCAGGAUUACGCCACCAAUAAUGGCUACGACCCACGGUACUACGAACGACAGACGCCUACUGGAGCAGGUAGUCAAGGAGCGUCUCCUGCACAUCAGACCGACCAUCACCAGCAGAACAAUGGUGAGGCCUGGCUCCAGCCUGCUGUAUCCGGUUCAAACGGCGAGAUCGAUCAAGAUGGGAUGCCCCGAAUAGAAGACAGUCAGCAACAGCAGCAAGCUCAACAGCCUCAGCAACCCAACUCAAAUGGUGCGGGCAUGUGGGAUCCUUAUUCGCGUCAUGAUGCGUCGCAGCUGAGUCCACUGAGUCUGCAGGCGUUAUUGCAAGAUUCUUCGCGAGGUGGAUCAUUGGACCCAAGCUUUUACCAGCCAGUGGAGCAACAGCAGCAGCCGCCCGUGACAUACGAAAUGAGCCCAUCGAACUUUGGUGUCAUACCGACCAUGUCGUUUUCCCACACGCAAUCAUUGUAG